CAAGGACCAGAUCCCCACCACCACCAGUGCCGCCAUUAUUAUACUCUCUCUCUCUCUCUGAAACUUCUUCUUUUUCUCUUUUUGUUCUCUGUGAUUCGUUUUUGCCGGCUCUUGUGAUUCGGAGGUGAUGAUGGCGGGGCUUUUCGGGUCGUAAUCAUAAGACGAUCGAAGGCUUUUUUGAGGAGGAAAACGAACGGCGCUUCGAGAACUGCAACUACUCCAAUCACGUCUCUGAUACUGCAAAAGCCUCCAGUUGAUUCAGCAGGAAAGAAUUUGAAGAAACUGCUUCUAUCCUUCAGCGUAGUGUCAUCCAUUUGGAGGGCUGUCAACUUUAAAGGCGGCUUGCUUGAUUGCUCAUCACAGAUUCAAUUCAGAUAAACAGGAAGGUGGAUAGUUUGUGUUUGUAGAUAACAGCAAGUUAUGGGUUCUUUCAAGGGUCAUGCUCUUCCGGGGACUCUCUUCCUUGUGGUCGGUUUGUGGCAUGUGUGGAGUUGUGUGUUUAGGCAAGUGUCAAACCCAAAGGCCUUCCGGGUCCGGGUGUGGAACCCGGUGCCUGGAUUCGAGGGGAGGCUGAAACACUUGGAGCUAUAUGUCAUUACAGUCGGUGCUUUCAUUGAUUUGUGUAUUGAGCUUCUCUAUUCUCCCCACCUCAAGUUGUUUGUUAAUGGAGUCUUGAACCCAGCACACAUGAAUGAUUUUGAGCAUUCGGGAAUGCUCCUCAUGUUCUUCAUCUUUGGGCUCGUAGCUCUGCUCUCAGAGAAAACCAGCUUCCUUCCUUUACCAGAAGGAGCGCUGUGCUUGAUUGCCACCACGGCAUUCUGCGCGGAGUACCUCCUAUUCUACUUCCACUCCACGACGCACAAGGGCCUGGAGGGUUAUUAUCACCUCCUCCUUGUCCUGCUUAUAGGACUUUGCGUCGCUUCCACCAUUGCCGGGGCCCUCCUACCGACCAGUUUCCCAGUCGAUCUCUGCAGCGGCAUAGCUAUAACAUUGCAAGGACUCUGGUUCUACCAGACAGCCUUCACCCUAUACGGACCCUCGAUGCCCAAUGGUUGCCAGCUCAAGGGCAGCAACAUUGUGUGCAACUCGGUGGAAAGCGAGGCUCGUGGUGAGUAUCUUGCCAACUUCCAGCUUUUCAGCCUCGUCCUCGGCGUGCUGGCUCUGGUGGUUGGUUGUUACGGCUUUGCAGCUAGACAGUUUGGGCAUUCCGAGCCUAGGAGCUUGCAUGUAUCCCAAGAGGACUAGACAGAGCACACAAAGUGCAAAUUCCGUAGCCUUUUUUGACUUUUUGUAGUUUAUUCAUUUGUAGUGCGUCAGAGGAAUAAGGGGGCAUUUGGAUGGCUCCUGCAGAUUUUGUAGUGUAUAUUGAUCGAAAUUGCGCGUCCAUAUAGACAAACUACAAGAGAAUAGUAGAAUUUUUUUUAUCGAAGCUCUCGGAAGACCUCCAAAGAUCUAUCUGCUCGGCAGAUUGUUUUGUUGAAGUUGGUAAAUUUUCUUCGAAUUA